AUGUCGAUGAUUCCAUACCACUCGCGAGGUCGCGAGAUUGUCCUGCGUCACCAAAAUGCAGUCGUCGUCCGCGACCCUUCUUCGCAGCGCCUCCAGCUCGACCGCGCCCUGACCGAAUGCCCAGCGUGCCACCAACCGCUGAGGCCCUCCUCGCCCGACAGAGCCUUCGAUGCCUCCUCCGAUAGUGACUCAUACGUCGACCCGGAAUACUUCCGCAUGCUUCGCGGCAACGACUUCUUCCGGUCCGACCUCCCCCCUUCGAGCCCCAUCCGCAGGCUAGUACAGCCAUUCCACGAUGACGACGAGAGCCUGCCCGACGAGGUCCAGGACGCCGAGUUCGUGUCGAGCACGCCUGCUGUGCAGGACGGCUCGCGCAUCCGGAGGACAGCGUUCCAGCCCAAUUACUUCAAGACCUUCUUCGUCGAGGAGAGCGAGCUUGGUAGGGGUGGCAAGGGCGUGGUGCUGCUUGUGAGACAUGAGAUUGACGGCUGUCACCUGGGAUACUUUGCAUGCAAGCGUGUCCCUGUAGGUGACGACCAUGCAUGGCUGGAAAAGGUGCUUCUGGAGGUCGAGCUGCUCGCCAAGUUGUCGCAUCCGAACUUAGUCUCGUACCGGCACGUCUGGCUGGAAGAUGUCCAGCUCGGCCGGUUCAGCCCUCCCGUUGCCUGCGCCUUCAUCCUGCAACAAUAUUGCAACGGGGGCGAUCUGUGGAGGAAGGUUGUGGGCAGGGUUCCUGGAGAGGCCACCAAGGAGGAGCUCAAGGCGCAGAUGCGGCGACGGUCCAAGGGACAGGCCGAGAAGCCGACCAACUCAUGGUCCGCCCAGUCGCAGCUUCUGCCCGAGGAGAUUUACUCAUACUUCCGCGACAUUACUUCCGGCCUGGCCUAUCUGCACGCAGCAAAUUAUAUCCACCGCGAUCUGAAGCCGAGCAACUGCCUUUUGCAUGAGGAGAGAGGCAAGACGAUCUGCCUCAUCAGCGACUUCGGCGAGGUGCAGGCCGAGAAUGUCGUGCGUAAGUCGACGGGCUCUACUGGCACGAUUUCAUACUGCGCGCCAGAGGUCCUACGACAGGACGCCACGGGCAGGUAUGGGAACUUUACCACGAAAUCUGACAUCUUCUCGCUCGGCAUGAUUCUCUAUUUCAUGUGCUUCGGACGCCUCCCUUACCAGGCUGCAAAUACCAUCCACGAGGAGCUAGAAGAUAUUGAUACGCUGCGAGCCGAGAUUACGGAUUGGAAAGGGUUCGAAGAUGAGAGGCGGGAACGGCCAGAGCUUCCCGACAAGCUCUACAUGCUCCUGAAGCAGCUGUUGGCACUCAACCCCACGGAUCGGCCAAGCGCCAAUGAGGUUCUAAGUGCGCUCAAAAACGGGACAAACCUGGAAAGCAUGUCGAGAGCGGCGUCAGGAGCCUCGCUCAACAUCCCAGGCCGCAGAAUUCAGAGUCUGGACUCUCCGGCGCCUCCCAGCACUCCCGUACCAGGUAAAAAU